AAUCGAGAAACUGUACAGUGUACACUAAGGUAUGAGAAAUAUUAUUUCGUAAUUUGUACACAUAAAUAUAAACUUGAAAACAUUCGUAACUUUUUUUAUAUUAAAACGAGAUAUAAUUGAAUAAUAAAAAUGAGUUACAUGUUAGGACAUCUUCACAAUGGCUGGCAGGUGGACCAAGCUAUUCUUUCCGAAGAAGACCGUGUUGUGGUGAUUAGAUUUGGACAUGACUGGGAUCCUACAUGUAUGAAAAUGGAUGAAGUGCUGUAUAGCAUUGCUGAGAAAGUGAAGAAUUUUGCUGUGAUAUAUCUCGUUGAUAUCACAGAAGUUCCUGAUUUCAACAAAAUGUAUGAAUUGUAUGACCCCUGUACAGUGAUGUUUUUCUUCCGCAACAAACACAUAAUGAUUGACUUGGGGACUGGUAAUAACAACAAAAUAAAUUGGCCAUUAGAAGACAAACAAGAAAUGAUAGACAUUAUAGAGACAGUGUAUAGGGGUUCUAGAAAGGGUCGUGGUUUAGUUGUAUCACCAAAAGACUAUUCUACUAAAUACAGAUAUUGAGGGUAGAGUGUACUAUCAAUGGUUGCAGUUUAUACCUUGUUAUCCCUGACUGAGAUAGAGAAGGGUAUUAUAAUGAAUGAGUAUGUAAAUAAUUUGAAUAAAUGCAUUGUGAUUGCAUAAGAA